AACACGGUGAGUUUACGUUAUGGUUCCAAAAUCUACACUGCUACCUCAGUGGAAACGUGUCCGCACGUGACUUUUGCAGUGAAAUAAAUCCACAGCCUAGUUUUGUGUUAAGCACCCAAACUUUAAAAAAUGAAAGAUUUGGUACAUCGCAGCCAAAACGAAGAAACAAUUUAGGAAAAUAAUCUGUGUUUGGCUGUGGGCUAGUAAUCAUAGCUACGCUCCACAAGAUGGCAGUAAAUGUUUAAAACUGUUGCUUAACAACCAGUCCAAACAGCAUUUCCGAAUCUGGAUUUUCAUCAAAAGACCAUGUCAAACCAGGUCAUGGAGGGCGCAGUUAAACUGCUGGGUCAGAACUUGUCUGCCCUUCCGCAGAUGAUGCCGGAUGGUAGCUGCAGUGAAAGAGCUAGGCCAGGUGAGAACUUGCAGAGUAAAAGGAGAGUUGUCAGGAGAAUCUGCUUUGAGGAGUACUUGGAAGCAUGGCUGAAGCUGGCUACAACUGGGACAAGAAUGCAAAUGGGAAAUCUGACUUUGGAGGAGCUACUCAAGUAUCAGGAGGAAUUUACAAUGCAUUGUGGGUCGCAAAACAAGUCUUCAGAGACUCAAUGCCACAAUAUGUCAGUCAAGGCUCAAUCAAGCACUGAAUGCAGCUUGAGCAAGCAGUCAGACAAGCUGAAGAAAACCUGCACUAAGAAAGACCGGAAACUUGAAAGACUUAACCGAAUGAAAAAUAUUUACCUGCUGUAUCGAACUCAAGACCAACAAGCGUCAGAAUGGAGGGAACUCCCAUCCAGCGGUGGUGGAACUGCAGGCCCUGACCCACAGGAGCACUGGGAGACUGAAGUCGACACCCUUGUAGCCUGGACACACACCUUGUCAGUCAAGGAAAUGGAGGGGGAAUUACCUCAAGACGCAGUUUCUUAAAUGGGCAGUUCAUUUUCUGGGGUGUUUUCCAUAUUUGAGUUUUAGUAUAUGUUUGCUGCAUGUCAUUGAUAAUUAAAUUCAGCUGAUUGAACACAGCCAGGCUUGAUUGCAGCAAUCCCCGCUGAAUCUAAACUAUGCUCAUAUUGAACCUUACCAUCAGAAUGAAGUAGUCACCAUAAAAUGCAUAUGAACACACUAUGCCACAAUCAAAGGACAUUUUGGAGGGUUGAGGAAAAAAGCUGUUGAAAUAUAUGUGUUACAAAGCCAUGUCUAAGGCUCUGGGACUCCACCAAAACACAGUGAGAGUCAUUAUCUCUAAAUGGAGAAUACUUGAACCUGUGGUGAAUCUUCCCAGGAGUGGCUAGCCUGCCAAAAUUUCUCCAAGGAUGCAGUGACAACUCAUCCAGGAAGCAAAGAUCUCAGGAGAACAUCCAAGAACUG